AUGGGAAGAAAAAAGAGGCCACGAACUGUUCUUGUUGAAGAACCCACUGGAGAUGCUGUAGAAGAACCUACCAGAGAUAUUGAACAAACUCCUUAUGAGGAUUCUCCGACCGAGGAACCUGAUCCAGCCAAUGAUUCUCUUGGUCAUGACAACUCCAACAAUGCUAAUGUUGAAGGAUCACCAAGUCAAAAGCGUAGGGGGAUUACUCUAAUGGCUCACAUUUGGAAUCAACCAAAAGAGAAAAGAGUAGUUGUUGAGUGGAAUAAGUAUUGGCAACCAAUUGGUGGUGAACGCUCUGAUCUUGCUCAUUUUUUGGGCACUAUGGCUCGAAAUCCUCAAUUAUGCACCUUAGCAUAUACAGAUUGGAGACUUUUUGAAAAAGAAGAAAAAACAGGACUAUUGGACAUUGUCAAGUCAAAGUUCAUUAUUCCUCAUCCAUUAGCAGAAAAGUUUACAAUGUCAUCUAUGGGAAAAAAGUGGAGUAAUUUUAAGGCAGAGCUCAAACUCCAAUACCAUGAACCAUACAGCGGAAAUCUGAACAUGGUGCUGAAUAAUAAGCCUGAAAUUGUGCCAAAAGAUCAAUGGAUUGCUUUGGUCACUCAUUGGUUUUCUGAUGAGGGCAAGAAACGUAGCUCAACAAAUCGGUGGAGUCGUGAAAUGCAAGUCAUGGCACAUACCGGUGGAGCAAAGAAUUUUGCAUCUUAUGCUGCCAAGAAGACUAUGAAUGGGGUGCUUCCAUCACGUUCUCAAGUGUAUCUAGACACUCACAAGGAUCGUAAGAUCCAUCCAGCUCCAAUGGAUGUAAAGUCAAAACAAGCUGUGGACAUGAUAAAUGAAAAAAUGAGCCAACUUCCAGGUGGAAAGGAAAUUACUAAUGGAAUUGUUGCAUGGGAUGGUGAUAUAUACUCUCAAGUGAUGAAGGAAGUGAUAGGACCAGAGAGAAGAGGUUAUGUUCGUGGAAUUGGCAGGUGCCCGACAUCAUUGACAUCUAUUUCACAUACUCAACAUCAAGAUGAACACUUGGAUGAUAAUGAUCAUGAUGCAUGUGAUGAAAAAAUUGAGCAUCUGUACACCGAAUUGACAAGGAUGCAUGAAAAGCAAGCCCAAACUGAAAAGGAACUAGCUAUGUUGAAGGCUUUGUUGCUGGGAAGGCGCACUCCAAAUGGCCGUACUCCGUCAUCCUCCACCGGAGGUAUGCCAACUUGUUCCUUAGAUGUUCCAGAUGUUUCUCUUCUGUUUGAAGGCUUCUCUCCCUGUUCUUCUUCUUCUUCUCGCUACUGCUUGUACUGCUCCCGCAUAAUGGUUUUGGUGCCUGUUGUGCAUUGUUGGGUGGCUAGUAGUGCAGUGGUUCUGUGCAGUUGGUUCUGUUGUUCUGGUGCUUUGUUGUGCACUGUUGGUUGUGGUAUUUUGUUUCUCUGUUACUCGGAUGCAAAUGACGAUCAUGCAUUUUAA